AUGAAUCAAUCUGCCUAUGCGUUCGGAAUUUUAGGAAAUGUUAUUUCGCUGAUGGUGUACUUUGCACCUGUGCCAACGUUUUGCCAAAUUUAUCAGAGAAAAUCCACUGAAGGAUUUCAGUCCAUUCCUUACAUUAUUAGUUUAUUUAGUGCACUAUGUUGGAUCUAUUAUGCAGUUCUCAAGCCAAACAGCAUUGUUCUUAUUACAAUAAAUUCAGCUGGCUGUCUCAUACAAAUUACAUAUAUUUGUUUGUACCUAUUUUAUGCAACGAGAGAUACUAAGAUGCACACGUUGACUAUGGUUGUCUUGCCAAAUAUCAUUGCCUUCAUUCUGAUCAUCCUACUGACUCAACUUCUAAUGGAGGGCGACCAGCGUACCUAUGUUGUUGGAUGGAUUUGCAUUUUCUUUUCUCUAUUGGCAUAUGUUGCACCUUUGUGCAUUGUGGGAAAAGUCAUUCGAACCAGAAGCGUCGAAUACAUGCCAUUUCUUCUUUCACUUUUCCUCACUAUAAGUGCUGCUGUGUGGUUCUUUUACGGCAUAGUGCGAAGUGAUUUAUCUAUUUUGAUUCCGAAUAUGCUUGGCUUCAUCUUUGGUAUACUUCAAUUGACUUUGUAUUUCAUAUACAAGAAUGCAAAGGAAAAUGGUGACGAGGAAAUGAAUGAAAUCAUUGCAAUUGAAGAGGACAAUAGAGAAUGUUAG